GAUAGCUACAACCAUAUAUAUUUAUACACAUAUACAUGUAUAUAUGUGUAUAAUGAUAUAUGUAUCACGGAGAAUAUAAUCGAUUCACUUUGGAAGAGUGCUCUACCCAUGGUGACGGACCAUGGGGAGCUGAUACAGAAAGACAAGAAAACGAACAAAGUUAAUCAGUCUCUCCAUUUUAAUUAAUACCCCGAUUUUUUCAAAAGUUUCUUCCAUUAUGAUCAUUAUUUCAUUUGCAUUAUUUCAUAAUUUUGCAAUUAAUAUCGGAUGUGCCUGCCCUGGUUUUGAACAACAGCUUCACAUUAUCUCAUGUAACUUGCCACAAAAUUCUGUCAAUCUUGCUUUGGGAGCGGUUCCAUUCUUCAGUUACUGCCUGCUGGACCUCUCUUAUGUUUCUAACUGGAGGUUGUCUCUCAUUUACUGCCCUGUCAAUUAUAUCCUAAGCAUGUUCGAUUACAGUUAGAAUUGGCGAAUAUGCAGGCCAAUCCAAAUUUGGGAUACCGUGCUGUUGCACCGCGUCUUGCACGGACCGUGCUUUAUGGAUGGGCGCAUUGUCCUGCACCAAAAUGAUUUUUCUUCCUGGAUUUGCUUGAAUGUGUGAUUGUAUGCGCCCCAAUGGCAUUUUGUCUCUGUAUUGUUGACCACCCUACCUCCCUUGAAUGACGUACAGUGGUAAUUUUUCAUCGUAUGAGAAACCGCAUCAUACUUUGACGGAUAGUCCGCCACGCUGAACACGUGGAAGAACACAAUCAUCCUGAAACGCCUGGUUUCGACCUCUCCAGACGCCUAGCCGACCAUCUGCAUACAUCAAAGUGAAUCUGGUCUCGUCAGUCCACAUGACCUUUCGCCCAGUCCUGAGAUAUUCCUUCUUUCUCGGUAUCUGGCUCAUGCCAAUCUUAUCUGCUUGUGUCUGUUGGUCGACGGUGACUUUUUACGAGGUCUUUUAGAUAGAAGUUCAGCUUCUAAAAGAUGCCUGUUGACUGUUUGCCUACUGAUUUGAGCUCUUCCUGUGUUCGAGGAGUUCAAACCGUGUUUUUCGCUGCAUGGCACCCCCAUUGCAUAUUCUACGGUGUCCAACAGUAAACAGCACUCAAAUGUCACGGUCCAGUAGUUUAAAGUAAAAAACAAAAGAUAUAUCUAGCUACUGUACAAAUUUUGCCUCAAUAAAAAAGCUUGGUUGCUGAGAAAUUUGAGAAAUAAGAAAGUGUUGCUUAACUUAUGAGUAUCAGUGUAAGUCCCUACAGCUGUUUCGGCCCGGAGGCCUCGUCAGGGGCGCAAACAGAUCAAAAUACAAAAGAUUAAUUAAAAUGGAGAGAACAGAUUAACUUUGUUAUAUAACUUUGUUAUAUAUAUAACAACGUUAUGCCAUUUUUGUGGUAUGCGCGGGAUUAUAUUAUUUACCAUGGCGCAAAAGCGGAUAGACUUAAGCCUCACUCAAACGUAUUGAUAAGAAGAGUCUUGCACCAGAAGCCAAACUGACAAGACGCAGUCACGGGCAUCGAUAAUUCUUGAUUGUAUUUCAAAGAUUUAUGGUGAGUGCAUUAUUACUUUCGACAUUUUCUUCUUCCAUACUGGGGGAGAACAAGCCGUUUGUUUCUCUUGUGUUAGGAUCAUCUCAUAUAAGGAGGCUCCAUAAAAAAAAACUUUCAAACACAAAUUGCCUCAUUUCGGAUUUAUUCGACCAGAAAUUCAUUCGGGGAUUUCUCACGGUGUAGGGGGCUUAAGUUGACUUGGUUUUUUUUAGUAAAUUUAAGGGCAUUUUUGAUUCGGUGAGACCGGAUUUGUUUUAAUUUCGGUUGUAGGCAAUGAUCACAUUUCUCCGCAAGCAACCCUUCGCCGUCGCUGGCGAUCUUAUAAACUUAGUCAUAUUACUUCAAACUGCCAACUACGCCCAGAUUUUAAUGAAGUGGUUCAAACUGCCAACACUAAGAUUUCGGUAUUACGUAACGACAUAUUCUACUGGGACCACAGAGAUCUACGGCAUGCCAACUGAAAAAUGUAUCUCUUCCCAGACGGGGUAUAUUUCAAUACUUCAAAAAGUGAACGAUUGAUAAGAAGCAAUUAUGAAAGCCUUUCGUUCCAAGCACAUGGAUAAUUAACGUUACUGCAGUAACUGCAAGACAACUUUACAACGUGUUGUAAUUCAGUGACAAAUGCAAUUGUAGCUACAUGCUAUUACGAUAGCGUUAAUAGGUGAUAAAACCUUUGUAAAUUAGCACUGUUAAUAUGCAGCAGCCGGUUUCCCCUUGCUAAAUUUGCAUGGGUGUUAUCGCACACAGCUAGUGUUCCAGGUGUUUGCAUUAGCUGUGAUUUAGUCUUGGUAUGGCAUUCCUUUAUGCAUUGGCCGGUGGUUGUAUAAGCCGAGGAUUAGUCUCAGUGCGCAAUCAUUUUACGUUGACAAGUCUGUCAUUGCUGUGUGCUUUGGUAGGUAUGUUAUUGCUGUGUGCUUUGUUGGGUAUGACAUUGCUGUAUGCUUUGUUGGGUAUGACAUUGCUGUAUGCUUUGACAGGUAUGGCAUUGCUUUAUGCUUUGGUAGGUUUGUCAUUGCUGUGUGCUUUGACAUGUAUAGCAUUGCUUUAUACUUUGGUAGGUAUGGCAUUGCUUUGUGCUUUGGUAGAUAUGGCAUUGCUGUAUGCUUUGUUAGGUAUGUCAUUGCUGUGCGCUUUGGUAGGUAUGUCAUUGCUGUGUGCUUUGUUGGGGAUGCCAUUGCUGUGUGCUUUGGCAGGUAUGGUAUUGCUUUAUUCUUUGGUAGGUAUGUCAUUGCUGUGCGCUUUGGUAGGUAUGUCAUUGCGUAUCAUUACAGUAUACAGAAUACCUCCAUCUAAAACCACUAACUUGCGAAAAAUGUUAUUCCUCAGUGAGUUUCCUUAUCUCCUUGAGUACCUAGCACCUCUUCGAGGGAAACUUCUUAUCUUUGGCGACAUGAAUAUACACUGGGAUGAUCAACACAUUCCUGAAAACAAGCAGUUUGCUUUGUUAAUUGAUUCAUUUGGACUUACACAGUACGUGUUAGAUCCCACCCAUGUUCGCGGCCAUACGCGUGAUAUGGUGUUGGCUAGGGAAAGUGAUUCACUUGUAACAUCAUGUGAGGUAGGGCAUUUACUUUCUGACCAUCAUGUUAUCAACACCACGCUUAGAUGUGGCAGACCUCACCCCAGUAAGAGCAAAAUCUUGUUCAGAAAAAUCAAGGGUAUUGAUGUGAAUGAAUUAAAACGACAGGUUACAUCACAGCUGGGUGAUUUAAGUUUUGAUAAUUUGAGUCCUGAGGAAUGUGUGCUUCUGUAUGACAGGACAUUAACAACUGCACUCGACAAUCUUGCACCUGUCAAAACUAAAACGUUUGUUAAGAAAGACCUGCAACCUUGGAUGAAUGAUCGCAUACUGGAGGCAAAGAGAGAUAGAAGGAAAGCGGAGAGGAAGUGGCGAGGGAGUAAAUUAACUGUCCAUCAUCAGAUUUAUAAAGAAGCAUGUUGCCAUGUAAACAAAUUAAUCUGUCAAUAUUAUUCUGAUAUGAUACAAGAAUGUGAUGGUGAUACCAAGGCUUUAUUUAGAACUGUCAACACUAUUCUGGGAAAAACCAAUUGCUUUACAAUUGCAAAACAGAUUCAGUGAAAGAUCUUGCAAAUAACAUGAGUGAUUUUUUGUGUCUAAAGUCAAUACUAUUAACGCUGAACUUUCUGAAUUAGAAAAGACUUUGACUACGCCAUCGCAUCCACCUUUGUCAGAACUUUUACAAGAACCGCAGUCGCUCAUCACUAUGUUUGAACCAACAACUACUUGCGAAGUAACGCAGAUAAUAAACAGUUCCAGGAAGACAUCAUGCACGUUAGACCCAAUCCCAUCAUUCAUCAUUACUGGUUCAGAUUCUUCCGGCUGUAAUAAAUUUGAUUGUGGAAAUUAUCGACAAAUGUUUCACUGUGGGUAUUUUUCAAAAAAAAUUAAAUCUGUAAUAAUUCGCCACUACUCGAAAAGGACAGCCUUGACACAGAUCUUUUGAUAAACUAUCGUCCUGUUUCCAAUUUGUCAUUUUUAUCUAAGGUAGUAUAGAGGGUUAUAGCAGUUAGACUAUUUAAGCCUUUAGAAGCAAACAAUCUUGUUGAAGAAAUGCAGUCAGCCUACAAUUCAAUCAUAGCACUGAAUCUGCACUUUUGAGAAUUAAAAAUGAUCUGUUAAGUGGCGUUGACAAACAUUCUGCUAUGUUAUUGGAACUGUUAGCUUUGUCUGCUGCCUUGACACAGUAGACCAUAAUAUUUUAUCUAGAGCAGAGUGUGAGAGUUAGAUAUAAGGCCAUAAAUCUUUUACGGUCUAUCUUGUAGGGAGAACGCAUCAAGUUAAUAUAAAUGGUGUGCUUUCUGUAAAAGUAAAAGUGAUAGUCACAGCUUUUAUUUGGUGUUCCUCAGGGGAGCGUUCUUGGUCCUCUAAAAUGGAGCAAUUCUGCGUUAGAUAGGUUACCACUUUUAUGCAGAUAAUACCCAGUUGUACACAUCUUGCAAUAUCCAUGAUCCAGCAUUGUCUGUGAACACCUAUGUUGACUGCAUAUCAGAUCUCAGAGGUUGGCUCAUUUCAAACAAAUUGAAGACUAGAAAAGCACUCCGAGAGCGCAGACCUCCGCCAAGGCAGCAAUUUUUUUA